UCAACUUUAUUCUUCCAUUCUCUAGAAAUUUCAUGUUUUGCAAUGGUGGUACAAAUGAUAAUAGUAAAAACAGUGAUAGACGUGAUGGUGUCGUAGUAUUUUUUAGCAGUGAAAAUAAAUCUUUACACAAUUAUGAACUAUUUUAACGAUUUACUACUUGAAACAUUAUGAUUUACAGGCCCAAUGUCCGCAGGCGAAAAAUAAAAUUUCGUACUGUCGGUUUCGACUCAUAAUUGGCAAUCAUAAUUUGCAUAUCUCAAGACCAGUAUAUAAAUAAUGUACGGAGGAUGUGUAGAGGAAUAUAGAAAAUUUGCUAGAACUCGAAGAAAAAUCAUGGCUCAAGUAGUUAGUCAAAAAAGGGGCCGUGGGAUCAGUACCGGUGAAACUCCUUCAGCAUCUUCAAGUUCUACCAGUCAACUGUCUGCCUUAGGUACUGCUCCUGGAACUCUUACAGAUGAACUAGCUGCACUUUUUGAGUGCCCAGUAUGCUUUGAAGUUGUUCUACCUCCUAUUAUGCAAUGUCAAGUUGGUCAUUUAGUUUGUGCUAGCUGCCGCCCAAAAUUAUCCUGUUGUCCUACUUGCCGAGGUACUUUAGGAAAUAUAAGAAAUUUGGCUAUGGAAAAGGUAGCAAAUAACCUAAUGUUUCCUUGUAAACACAAAUCUACUGGCUGUCGCAUGUCUCUUGGACUCAAUGAGAAAGCAGAGCAUGAAGAAAUUUGUGAAUUUCGUCCCUACAGUUGUCCUUGUCCUGGUGCCUCAUGUUCUUGGCAGGGACAACUGGAUAAAGUAAUGGUGCACUUACAACAUGCUCACAAAAAUAUAACUACUCUUAAUGGAGAAGAUAUAGUGUUCUUAGCUACAGAAAUAAAUUUAGCCGGUGCUGUAGAUUGGGUCAUGAUGCAAAGUUGUUUCGGUCACCAUUUUAUGUUGGUGUUGGAAAAACAAGAGAAGAAUGAUGGUCAUACACAAUUCUUUGCCAUUGUUCAACUUAUUGGAUCUCGAAAACAAGCUGAGCACUUCGCUUACAGAUUGGAACUUAAUGGAAAUAGAAGGAGACUGAUUUGGGAGGCCAUGCCCAGGUCAAGUCAUGAAGGAGUAGCAUCAGCAAUUAUGGGUAGUGACUGUCUGGUCUUUGAUAAUUCCAUUGCACAACAUUUUGCAGACAAUGGAAAUUUAGGUAUUAAUGUUACCAUUUCCUUAGUUUGCUAAACAGUAUGACCUUUCAAAAUUAGGUGAUAAUGAGACAGUUACUUUUAUUUAGUCUAAUGUUUUUUAGAAAUUUUGUCUAGUAUCAUUUUCUUUUCGUCAGGUUUAAUACAGCAGCAAAACAUUCUACAUCAAAUAUACUUAUAGGUAGAGAUGGAUCAUUACGAAUGAUUCUCUGCUACACAAACUAUUUGUGAUACAGGUUCGAGAAGAAUUGAGAAACUCUCAAGAAGUAACGAAAACAAUCUGGAAAUUAUUUAUUCAUAAGAUUAUUUCAAUAGUGAUUAAUUAAAUGCAUAAAAAAAUUCCCCAUAUAUUUUACCAUCUUAUUUAACUUUAUAUAAAAAAAUUUCUCUCGAAGCUGUAAACGGUUUGUAAAAUAUAACACAGAAUCAUUCUUAUUCUUCUAACUUCUACAAGAAACUGUAUAGAAAGUUUACAAGUAAUUAAUAUGUACAAAUCUUAAUAUUAAUUUCACAUUAGCAGAAUCGCAAAUAUUAACUACUGGUGAGUGAGAAGUGUGCAAAAUAUGACGCAUAUCAUAAGUUUAUCUAGUUCCAAAUAGGGAAAGGCUAUUGAAGAACGUUAAUAAAUUGACAAAUCAUUAAUUAGAAAAAUGGAUUUCAUAGGCUUCUCAAAUUUUAAGCUUAACACAAUUGAAGUUUUUGCAGCAUAAUCUUGCUACUAGUUUCCAAAUUAAUGUAUGUAAAUGAACAUGAAUGAUUUUUAUAUAGCAGUUAGAUAAGAACGUGGAAAAUUUAUUUUUGUUUAAAAUUAUUCCUUAAAACCCUUUUGAUAAACGGCAGUACCAAUUUUUUUAUUACUGUAAGCUUCAUAAUUAUUAACUACUCUUUUCGGUUUGUGAAGUAUUUUAUCUGUUCACCUCUUUAAUUUUGAUUGUACUAUUCAUUUACCAUUAAAUAUUCGAAUUGAAAAUUAUCAAGCAAAUGGAUCAAGUCUAGUAAAACUAUUUUUGUAUCUACUUUUGCUCAAGUAUUAAGCUAAAUGAUAAUUCAUAUUUUUUUACAAUGUCAUAUCCAUUGUAGAAUAGUCAUAACUAUGUUCAUUUUACUUCUUUUUCAGAUGUUACUCUCUGUCAUUUAAAUUUUUUGUGUCUAUUUUCUUAGUUUCCAAGCAAGUAUUGGGCAACAUAAUGUAAGUGAGGCCUCAACUAUUUUAUUUGAGAUUUUGAAAAUUCUUUUCAAAUAUACAUAUCUGAGAUGUGGCUAUUAAAAACCUCUAAUAUUGACAAGUAGGAAAGUAAUAUUAAAGUUUGUGUUUGCAAAAUUAUCUUUCCUUGCGCAUAAUGAACUUUUGAAUGUACAUUUUUCUUAUUAAUAUAAAACAUCUAAUAUACGAAAUAGUUGGUUUUUGUGGAUCUUAAUUAAAAUGUUUUAAAGUAACUGACUUGUUCAGGUACAAUGACUGAUGUAUAGUAGAUGGUUUUUAGUUUAUACUUUAUGUCUCAUUCUCACUUACUUUUUCUCAUGUAAAAAGAAUUUUAGACAAGAUUAUAAUUGAAGGAUAUUUAGAAUAACUACUUGCUAUUCUUCAUUUAUAUCGUUUAUUGUUUUUUUAAAGAAAUUAUUAUUUUCUCUUGCUGUGUUUUAAUAGUAAUUUGGAAUAUCAGGUAACCAAAUAGCUUAUAGGUAAUUCAUUUUUAGAACUUGCAAACUGAAAGUCCUCUUCACUACAACAACUAAUUAAUUUUUCCUCCUAAUUGUGAUACUCAAUAUUAACUUGAAUAAUUGUCACAUCCAUUAAACUUCUUCAGUUUAAUGGAUAUAUCUACAAUCUUAUUAUUUAUUUAUCAUGAUUAACUCCACAUAGAAAUUAUGAAUAAACUAAUUUUGGAUCAAAUUCGCCGGUCAACAAUAUUCACAAAAUGUAAUUAGGUUCUACCUCCCACCCUUCAUCCUGUUUUUCAAUGCAUUUGAUUUCAUAUGAUCUUUUCAUAUGGUCUUUUUCGAUGUAUGCGUCCAUUUUACAUAUAUUGUGAUAUACUUAAUUUAGAUGAACUUCACCUAUUUUUGUAACUAUUAAUGAAAAAUGGUUACUUGAUAUUUGAACGAUUUUGGUGUACAAAUUACAGUAAGUGAAAAUUAGGAAGUGAAAUCCCAUGAAAACACCAAAUCAGAUUUUUAGAUACUAGUUUAUUCUCAUCAAAAGAUUUGUUGUAAUUUUUAUAUUCUAAAAAUAGUGUUUAUUUUUUAUUUAAUUUGUUUUUAGGAGAAUGCCUUGCUAUACUUUGAGUUAUAAUAACUCAACGCUAAAUAUUAAUAAAGAUUUAUUUCAUGUGUGUAUCAUUUGUUGUUUGUUCCUGAUUCUGUCUUUAUUGGUAUUUUAAUGUAAAUCAACCUUAGUUUACUUGAUAUUCAGGUACAAAUGCUAAUGUCAUUUAGGCUUAGAAAUGUAUUUGGCGUUCGAGUUAUUCCAAAACUCUGGGAUUUGUUAUCCUUAUUUGGAUCCCAUUCAGGCAUUAACUAACUAAUGUGAUAUAAAAGUACAGUCAAUAAUAACAUUUAUUAGUUCUCAUAAAAAAUAUUGUAUUUAUGGGAUUUAGAAACCAUGCUUUUAGAUUCGAUCAAAUUAUAAAUAUAUAUGUUUUAAAAUGAACUAUCAUAAUAGGCUAGUUGACAAAAUUUGGAAAUUAGUUUAAAACUAUAGCUUAGCAUCUGUUUCACUCCAAAAAUAUAUUAUUUUAAGAAAAAUGGGUUGUUUACGUUAGUGUUUUGAGUUUUUAGAAAUGAACUUGAAAUUGACCGCGAAAAAGGCCAAGACUGUCAUGGCGUCUUGAAUGAUGUCACACCUCGCGAAACAGCUGCGUUUGUUAAUGACAGUCAAUUGUGUUUAUUUAAUAAAUAAUGAAUUCCUCGUAUUAUAAAUACUGUAUAGUGCCCCAAUGUGAAAGUACAACGAUAAAAACGCCAGACAAAUGAUUCAUAUACGUUCCAAACAAUAAAGCAAUAUGAAGAAAAUGGUUAAAAAUGGCAAGGAGGCAACUAAUUCCACAAAUUAUUUCUGUAUUGAUGUAUCUAUUUAUAAAUAUACAAAAUCUACCAUAAUAUACCACACAUAACAUUUAACAUGUUAUGACUUAAUUAAGUUAAAAUUAUUGGAACUUUGUAUUCCCUAACCUCAAAAUCAGUUAAUUUUCAUUCUACAGUGGGUAAAUGCGACUCUUUGACUGGUAACUGCUAAUUAAAUAAGACUUUGGUUGUUUUUCACAUAAUACUUACAUAUAAGUUCUAACACUGCGGACUUUGGAUGAACAAAAGUAUGUGUUCAAUGCAAAAAAUUUGUCAAACAUAACUGCGUCAAUUUUGGGCAAAUUACUGUAGUUUGCUUUGUUAAAUCCUGAUUCCAUGGCAAAUUAUACCUGUCUUUCAAGGUUAAACUAACAUUGAACUUUAUUAAUUUAACAAUAAUUGCUGAAAACUCGAAAUAAUCUGGUUACUUCAUACGAAAGUGACAGCUACAACAUAGCGUUUCACAAGGUGUGACGUCACGCUUUUCUGAUUGGUGUUUAAUGUCACGUAAUUAAACGCCUCAUUUUGUCGAUUUUAUUUUCCAAAAAUAUUAUUAAUCUUUUAUUAUUUUUGUAGAAAAGUUGUUUUUUUAUUUACUAAUUAUCAUGGUUAAUCAUUAGAAACUCACAGCCAUCCGAUUUAUUAUUAGUGGAAACAAGCCUAUUCUCAAAUACGUAACCAUAUGUUAAUAGUGAAGCAAAUAUAGAAAUGAUAGAAAUGAUCAAAGCGAGAAUGUAUAUAACUGUAAUUGAUAUUCAUACUAAAUAUACUAUUUACAGAUACCACAACACUAACAAUUACUCUGAUGCCUAUUUCAAUCCAGUUCAUCAGCUUCAGACAGUUUUGUUUAAUAUAAACAUAAUUAUAUAUUAUAUAAUAUACGAUUUACUAUAUAAAAACGGCUUCUUGUUAACAAGUUGCAGUUAGAAGCAAUUGUGUAGCAAAAUAUAAACUGUAAUUAAAAAGUCCAUUGAAUCUAAUUCCUAUUUAAUUUCACCUUCAGUCUUUGCUAUUAUACUCUUUAAAAUAUUAUUUCCAUAGAUACUUCUAUUAUUUUGUACUUGAAAGUAAUUUAGUUGACCUUGUGUUUUCACAAAUAAUAAUUAAAAAGAAUAACGCUCUAGUGAAUUGAUUUUUAUAAAUCAGUACAUUUUAACACCUUAUUAAGUUCCGUCUUAAGUUUUUGUUUGAUAAACCACAAAUUACAUUCGUAAAUAUAAAGUAAUAACUGAAAAUGAAUCAUUAUAGCACCAACGUAUGAUUAGUAAUAAAUUAUUUGUAAUUGUAUAUAUUCAUGGAUCUUUUUCAAUUUUUGUUCAAAAUAUUAUAAAACUAAUUAUAUCAUAUGGUUACAGUAGACAUCAUUUAAUAAGAAGUUCUAAAUCCCAUUUUUCCUAUAUUUUUGUGUAGUUUUUCAUUUGUACACUAUUUUCAUCAUAAAAUUGUAUGAAUGUUACUUUCAUAUCUGCCCAGAGAAAAUAAUCACGAAAAAUAAGUUGUUUUACAUUGUUUAUUAUAAUUUGAAAACUCAAAUAUUAUUAGGAAAAAGUAAAUAUUGAACACAUUUUUCUUAUUAACUUCAUGGUGAAUUUUUAUUAAAUUUAAAAUUAAAUACUCUCCUAAACAAUUUAACCUGAUUAUUUCUUCAAAUGGUAUAUAUAGGGUAAGCAGAGUAUUAAAUUAUUCAUGUGAUUAGUUAUGGAUAAAAAUCAAUUUUCUUGUAUUGGGAACACCAUGCGGCUUUUACAAUUUUGAAAUAAAGAUGAAACUUUAUUACACAUGUAAAAAGGUUUUAAUAAUUUUUCUUUUCUCGAAUUUCGUAAAUUUGAAAUAUCUUAUACUACAUGAACUUAUAUGAUUCUCAUAUUGAGAAACUCUUUAUAUUCAGAUAAUUAUUUUAGUAGUGUUGAUGAAUUCACCAGGAUUACUUUUCCUGUAAUAUUUAUUUAAUGGUUUUUUUCAAUGUAUUAUGUAUUCCAUAGUUCUAAUACAAUUUUCAAAAUUUAUUGAAAGUGAUUGUGCGUGUAUAAUCUUAUACUUCCAUUACAGCUAUGUAAAAAACACUAAACUAUAAUUUCAAAAUAAAAUCCAUAAAUAAAGUUCUAAAUUUAGUAACACCCCAAAUGAGGUGGGUAAAAACUGUUAAUCCAUCAAUCAGGAUAGUUUAUUUUUUUUAAUAAUUUCUAACUCAAGUAAUAUUAAUUGAGAUGUACAGGGUAAAAAAAAUAAUGCUAGAAUAAUACUAGUAUCUAGAUAAACGGUAACUGUUACCUUUUAAAGGAGUGUGACCUAUGAAGUUUUAUGGUGAUGCAUAAGGUAAAGAGGGUUUUCAGGUAAGACAAGCACUAUAUCCAUUGUAAAACAACUACAGUGCUCAUAAAAAGAGGGACUGCUAACUGUUGACGAAGCUGAAGAGAAAAAGGAGAAUAAUUUAGUAAAAGUUAAUGAGAAAACCAAUUUUGAAUUACAAAUAAAAGAAAAUUUUCUCUAAAAUAUAUAAUUCCGUUCUUUUGGAAUAACGUGGUCAUUUAGUGAGUAAUAAUAUUUAGAUGUGGUACAAAGAUUAAAAUAAUAGCAGAAACGACAAUUCCAUAAAAACGCGUUAUUCAAUGAAAUUGACCUGACAUUGAGCAAAUUAAUUCAAGGUAUAUAAAAAUAAUGAUGCCUGUUUACUGAAUAUGAUAUAGGGGACGUGAACUAAUUGAAUAGUAAGCAGGAAAAUGUUGGUGCAUUGUAAAAACAGAGAUCUAAAAUUGAGUACUUCAUCUUUUUUAGAUAGAAAAAAAAAACAUUAUUAUGAAUCGAGAAAUCGGCUUAUAAAGGGUAUUCAAAUAGCCUAGUGCUUCCGUGUAAACUUUAUGCAUGAUUCAUUAUUGAAUCAAGGACCGUCUUCGACAUGUUUUCGACUAUAAAUGUAACAGUAGCGUCAAUGCGAGCUAUUGCUUCUUACAAUCUUUCAGCAGCCUAUAGGUAAGCCUUUUAAAAAUUCCAAGAAAAAGUAAUUCAAAGGAUUUAUAUCUGGUCAUCUAAAAGACAUUAGUACAGGCAUACUUCUGUUCUAAUUCAACAUUUGAUAAAUUUUCUCUGCUUAAUCGCUAUUAAGAUCCUGUCACGUCAAUGUAAUGUCUUACUGUUCAGAGUCUUAUCUGAACUAAUGACAAAAAUGCUGCUAUUUGGUUCAUUUAAAGAUAGCAGCAGAUACCAAAUACUUCCAUCUAGGAUUCCAAUUUCAUAUUACAAUCCAAUAUUCUACAAUAAUCAUGGAUAAAUGUAGAAUAAAAUUUCAUACUUUUUCUUCAUUUGUUAUGAGGGAACAAAAUAUUCAAUAUUCAUGGCAGCAUAAAGCCAGGAAAGCAGUUGUUUUUCUCGUAAAAGAUCAACAAAAGUUGGGCUGGUUAAUUAAAUAAUGAUGUAAUUGGUCUAACAUUGUACAUAACCGCUUAAAUGGAGCGUCGUUCUCAAGCCUUAUCUACAUCAAAUGACAAUUCAUCAGUAUUAUUGCUCGAUCGAACUUCUUUAUCAACUAGAUUGGGUUCCUGAUUUCCAACGCGCUUAUUAUGGUAUAUAACAAAGAAUAUUUUUACAUCAUAAAUUCACAAAAUAUAUCUAUACCAUGGCCUUAUAGAUCACCAGAUCCAAACCUUUUGGAUUUUUUCUUGAAAUUUUUAAAAGAAAAGUGUUACUUUGCACGUGCUGGGCUGUUAGAUGUAUAGUGAAAACAUGUUGCUUCAAUAAUAAAUUAUGCGAAUGUUCGCAUUGAAGUACAUAUUAAAAAUUUUAUACGUUUUAAUAUAUAUAUUAAUGCUUCUAAAUGUUCUUGAUUUUAGAUAAAGACUUAAAGUUAGUCGUUAUAUAUGAUUACUGCCUAUAUUUCAUAUUUUUAUUAUAAAAUAUAUCUUGGAAACAAUUUCAAAACUAAUCAGUAUAAUGAAUGGUGGUAACAAUAAACAGCUGUCCAAAAAAAUAGAAUAUUUAUUAAAUUUUAUUUUAAAAGCUAGAACAGAAAAUUUAAUGGUAGUUCUUAAAAGGGUAUAUAUAUUGAACUGUUUAAUGCCAAAAACGAACCUUAAAAUAUUUUUUCUUAUUUUAUAAUGGAAAUUGAAUAAAAGCUAAUACAAAAUAGUAGAACCGAAUAAUUUAUUAAGGUAUUCGUUAAAAAAUAUUAUUCAAAGAAAACUAAAGUUUUGUGUGAUCCCCAUUUACAUGUCGAUAGUUAAUUGUUUUCUUUGCAUUAUCAAAAUCAAAUAAAGUCUUGAAAAUUUUGUACAGCUGUACAAUAUUUUUUACAAAUAAAAAUAAGCAAAUCUGAAUUCCGACUGCUUAUACAUCCAAAAAAUCAUAACAUAGGCAAGGAAUUUUUUUUACAUGUGUUCAAAAAAAAUUCUGUUAGACGACAAUGUAGCUGAAAACCCUGAAAAUUUACUGCGCCAAAGUUUAUGAAUGGUGAUGUAAAUUGGAUAAUCUUUUUACCAUAAUAUCUCACACAUAUUUGGGGUAUCCAUGAAAACAUUAAUGCCGGCUUCCUUCAGAAACCCAAUGGUUUGACGUGCAACAUGUGGAUGUCCGUUGACUUGCUGGAAAAAGACUUGUGGACGACCGUUGAGAUAAGGCAAUUAAGUAGGACAUAGUCAGCAUAUCGCUUAGCUGUCGUAUUGCCUCGAACAAAAAGUGAGAGGAUACUAUAAACAAAUACCCCUCAAAGAUUCGUCGUUAAAUAUGAUAUGCCAUUCUGCGUAUCAUUGCUGUAGGUAUCUGCACCUGCUCAAACAUUGACGACACUUUUGAUUGCAAUUUGAAUAUGAUUUAAAACCAAAAAAAAGUUUGCUAUAAUUGGAAGAAAAAAGUCUACGAGGAUUAAUAAACCGACUCUCUUAAAAUUUUAAAAAUUGUUUUACUACAACUUUUUUAAUUAUGCAUAUUACAAUAAUUACUUAUUUGUACAUUACAAUGAAGAAUAAUUCCGAUAAUAUCUCAUCCAAAUAAGUUGUUUUGGUUAAUUUAUCUAAUUUUGUAAUAUUACCAAUACCCCUUGCUGCCAAGAACGUUUGAUCUUGAGGUUAUAAGUGGCUUCUAGGAAGAUUAUUAUGGAAAUAGUAAUAAAUAGAGAUACUGCUUAUGGUUUUCAAAGACAAACAAUUAAAUGGGGGAGGAAUCGCCGAAAUACCACAUGGUCCUCCAGGUAAUCAUCCAGUGGAAUCACUAAACACAAGACUAGUUACGUAUCAACAGGACUCUUAAAUUACCCAUAACAGUAUAUCACUGAUGUUAAAUAAACUAUUGGAAAUCCAUAAAAAAUCUUAAAAUGGAAAGAUCAGUACCACAAAUUUGCAGGACUGACUGAAAAGUUUAAAGGUAUGACACAGUUUAUUUGAUUCAUCAUAGAAUUAUUCUAAAUUUUUUAUAUUUAGGAAGUUCUCGUCAAAGUAAAUACUUGAUUAAAAAUUAUUUUUUUUUGGGAAAUUAAAGAUUUGGUAAGUGUAUUAAGAGUGGUAAGAAUUCAUUCUACAAGCUGAAUUUUUUUGCAAAUCUUAAUACAUUUAUUGUAAAAAGUGUAAACACUGUACUAUACUUUUUAUGCAUGUGUAGUUUUAAGAUAUAAUCACAUUUGAGCAAAUCAUAUUUUUUGUAAAAUUGCAUAUAUGUUUGUAUUAAAGAGAGUUUUUAAAGAAAACAUUGCGAUAAUUGUAAUUGUUUUCAACAUUUUUGUAUAUUUAUUCACUAUCCUUGUUUAUCAAGCUUUCUAUAUGUAAACGAUAAUUUGCAAUAAAAGUUUAACUUCUUUUUACUAUACCUAAUGUUCAAAACAUUCCCUUCAUUUGAACAACAACUAUUAAAAAGUAUUUUACUUUUGAAACGUAGUGCAUUUUUGAAUUGUUUUUUCUAGAGACCCAACCCACAUGAAUAUUUAAUACAAAUGAAACAGGCGCAACAUUUUAAUAUAUUUCUACUGUCUUAAUUAAUGGAGUUUUGGUUAUUAUGAAUUGCAUACAAUGUUUAAUGAUAUGAGUUCUGUUGCUCUGUAUUGUGCUUUUAAUAUAUACUAGUAAUUUCA